AUGGCGGAGAGCGAGGCCGAGACCCCCAGCACCCCGGGGGAGUUCGAGAGCAAGUACUUCGAGUUCCACGGCGUGCGGCUGCCGCCCUUCUGCCGCGGGAAGAUGGAGGAGAUCGCCAACUUCCCGGUGCGGCCGAGCGACGUGUGGAUCGUCACCUACCCCAAGUCCGGGACAAGCCUGCUUCAGGAGGUGGUCUACCUGGUGAGCCAGGGUGCUGACCCUGACGAGAUCGGCCUGAUGAACAUUGACGAGCAGCUCCCCGUCCUGGAGUACCCCCAGCCUGGCCUGGACAUCAUCAAGGAGCUGACAUCACCCCGUCUCAUUAAGAGCCACCUCCCCUACCGCUUCUUGCCCUCCGACCUCCACAACGGCGACUCCAAGGUCAUCUACAUGGCCCGCAACCCCAAGGACCUGGUGGUGUCCUACUACCAGUUCCACCGCUCCCUGCGCACCAUGAGCUACCGCGGCACUUUCCAGGAGUUCUGCCGGAGGUUCAUGAACGACAAGCUUGGUUACGGCUCCUGGUUUGAGCACGUGCAGGAGUUCUGGGAACACCGCAUGGACUCCAAUGUGCUUUUCCUCAAGUACGAAGACAUGCAUCGGGACCUGGCUACGAUGGUGGAGCAGUUGUCACGCUUCCUGGGGGUGUCCUGUGACAAGGCCCAGCUGGAGUGCGUGACCGAGCACUGCCACCAGCUGGUGGACCAGUGCUGCAACGCCGAGGCCCUGCCUGUGGGCCGGGGCCGAGUGGGGCUGUGGAAGGACAUCUUCACCGUGUCCAUGAGCGAGAAGUUUGAUUUGGUUUACAAGCAGAAGAUGGGCAAGUGUGACCUCUCCUUUGACUUCCACUUGUAGAACCGGAAGGGCCAGCUUGCAUGCUCACCACACCCAGAUACUCUCCUUGCUAUGUCCCGUCUGCAUCCACUCACU